ACAGCCCGUCAGACUCAGAGUUCACCAGACUACCGCUGCUACCUGCCUUCCUUCCUUCCUCUUCUUCCUUCCGCCGUCCGCCUCCUUCCCCUCCCCCACCCGCCAUGGCCCAUCAUCACCACCUCCUCCCUUCACUCCUCCUCCUCUCCCUCUUCGCCUCCGCCGCGGCCACCGGCGACGAGGCGCACCUCUCCGCGGUGAUCGGCGAUACGGGCCUGGCCUUCGCCAAGGACGUGCUGAUCGGCGAGGCGGUGCGGUCGCUCACCCCGCUCCGCCUUCCCGGGGCGGAGAAGGCCUUCCGCCUGCCCUUCCUCGGCGGCAUCCGCGCCGCCGUCUCCAACAUCACGCUCUUCCACCUCGACGUGGGGGAUGACUCCGUCGUUCGCCUCGGCGACUCGGCCCUCGUCGUCGUCGCCUCCGGCAUUACCGCCAACAUCAGCAUGGCCUGGAGCUACUCCUACUACUCCUGGUACUUCCCCGUGGAGAUCUCCGACAGCGGCACCGCUUCGAUCCUGGUUCAAGGAAUGGAAGUUGGGACAACCAUGGAAAUCAAGAAUUACAAUGGAAGUUUGGCUCUGAACGCCACACAAUGUGGUUGUUCUGUGAAGGACUUGGUGAUAUCUCUGGAUGGUGGAGCGUCUUGGUUUUAUCAAGGGUUUAUAAAUGCUUUUGAAGACCAUAUUCGAGCUGCGGUUGAAAAGGUAAUACCGGAAAAUAUUAUUGAAAGCACAUCAAAACUGGACUCGUUGCUUCAAGGUCUUCCUAGGAGUGUUAGUCUGGACAAUGUCACUUCUCUGAACAUGACUUUUGUUAAUGAUCCACAAUAUGGGAAUUCCUCAAUUGAGUUUGAUAUCAAUGGAUUGUUCGCUUCUGCAGUUGCUAAGACUAGCAAUUUGCAGAAGCAUCCCCAGCUUUCAUUAUCUUGUGGUGGAGCAUCAAAUAUGCUUUUGCUUUCACUCGAUGAAGAUGUAUUCAAUUCGGCAUUAGAGGCUUACUUCAAGGCAGGUUCCAUGCAUUGGGUUGUGGACAAAGUUCCUGAUCAAUCUCUACUGAAUACAGCAGGCUGGAAAUUUAUCAUUCCUCGCUUGUAUUGGAACUAUCCAAAUGACGACAUGGUCUUGAACAUUUCGAUGGCUUCAUCCCCAGUUAUGAGGAUUACAUCUGAUAAGAUUGGUGCUACCAUUAAUGCAGACAUGAUAAUUGAUGUUUUACAUGGCACAGAGACGGUUCCAGUUGCAUGCAUCUCUGUAGUAGUAAGCGCUUCAGGUGUUGUGGAAGCAUCAAGCAAUAAAGUAUACGGUACAGUUGACUUAGAUAAUUUCUCUCUAUCCUUGAAGUGGAGUAAAAUCGGAAACUUCCAUAUGUCUUUGAUUCAGGGAGUGAUACGGGUUUUCUUGAACACCGUAUGCAUGCCGUAUCUGAACUCGCACCUGGGGAAUGGAUAUAUCUUACCUGUGGUUCAUGGCUUCACUUUGAAAGAUGUCCAUGUAGUUACUGAUACCGAGCAGUUGACGCUUUGUUCAGAUAUUACCUUCGCUAAUGCAAGCCGCUUGGCGGCUUUACCAGUUUUGUGAUACCGGGCUGUACAGAGUCUGUAACUUCUGUCCGAGCCACAAACUUGGCCUUGGGGGAAGAGACAACACUUGCACAUAUGUGUACAUCAUUGUUCAUAGUCUCUUUGUUGAAAUUAUUCACAUUCAUUUGUACAAAUUUAUUUCCGCUUUUCUAAUACAGUUCAUUCUUGCGUA